AUGAAGGAUAAUACAAUGUCUAAAGAAUUAAAUACCGGGAAGGGAAAAAAUAGAUAUAAGUAUCAAUCUUUCAAUGCACUUGUAGAAAAUUUGAAAAUCGACAUCACAUACUCUGUGGUGAAAGAACAUGAGCCUGAGGGGUUUGGAUCAUUCUUUUAUGAAGCUCUGGAAUCAUGGAAGGAACUCAAUUUGUCAACACACUUUACUAUUUUUGUACGUGAAGUCUCGAAAUAUUGUCAGUCAUUACCUCAAAUAAUAUAUCAUAAAGAAAAGAUAAUUCAAAUUCUGGAAAAACACCUUCAAGUCAAAGAUAGUCUUGCUCUUGAACCAUUACUAGACCUUGUUACAAAACUGUCGAGAGAUCUAGAAAUAGAUUUUUAUCCAUUUUUUGAGCGAAUUGUUGGUGCAAUAAUACCUCUUACAAGGCUUCGAGAUGUCAAGAUCCUGGAGCCAAAUAAUCGAGGAUCUUUGUACAAUAUAUCGGUAGGUGUAUUUUUUAGAAAGUGGUGCUGUCUUUUUUAUGAUCUUUGUAACGCGAGAAAUUCAUAUUCGAUUAGACUCAUGGCACCUUUGCUUGGCGAGGAAUAUCAAAAGCCUUACGUUCGUCGUUUCGCUGCUGAAGCAUUUGCGUUCCUCCUACGCCAUGCACAUGCCGAAAAUCUUGCACAAAUAGUUAAUUAUAUAGUUGAUUCAUUUAAUGAAUCUCCAACAGAUAUUUAUUGUGAGGGAUUGAGUAUUUUAUGCUAUGAAGCUAUUCAGUCACCGAACAAUGAGCUUCACCCUAAAGCAACAAUGCUAUUAAAGGAAUUACUGAACGCAUCAUAUAAACAUUCAAAAAAUGAUGUCAGCAUUGAAAACAAUCCUGGUUAUCGCAUUCUUAUUAUGACUACUAUUGCACUUAUUCAUCAUACUAAAUGUGAACAUUUUGUGCCUGUGUGGAAUCUAUAUUUGAGUGAGAUAGAAAAAGAGCUCAAUUAUGUGAUCCAGGAUAACACAAAUGAGAAUCAAUCUGUGCCUGAUACAACAGUUGCCAAGUUUGGGAUAAAUUUAUCUCUCGUUUAUAUAUGCUUGACAGUUCGCAAAGGCAGUCGUGUCAAUGAUUUGAAACGUGUUUUCGAUAUAACAAAAAAUCUGUCGCAAUACGUUCUAACACCAUCCUUAGUUGAGUCAAAUGCCUGCAACUUUCUUCGUCAGCAAUUUUUCAAAUCAUGUAUAUCAUUGAUGAUGCUAUCAAAAUUGGAGGAUGUUUUAGCUGGUGGAAAAGGCAUUUUAAAUAAAAUUUUCGAAUCUAAUGACGUUGAUGCGGUUUUGUCAUUCUGUUUGUCUUUAGCAAACUUAAAAUGGGAACAUUACACGCAAUUCAUAUUUCCACACAUAGUCAGGUUUUCAUCAAAUCAUUGGAAAGUAGCUUCAACGAAAAUUACCAUUUUUCUUGCACAUUUGCUAUUUACAAAGACUAUUUCGAUAUCUUCAGGUGCAGUUUCUGCAUUUAUUACAAAGGAAGGAUUGAUCAAGUUUCCCAGUGUCAGUACAGUAGUAAAAUGUGUCGAAGGUGACCCUGGUUUAAAGACAAGCCAAAACAUUUUAGAUGAACUAAUAAGCUUGAUAACUCGUGAUUGUGAUUGGGCCUCAGAGGUGCAUAAAACAAGCUUAUUGGACAUAGAUUCGUCAUUGGUUCAGUACCUUAAAUUUGAAAAUUCUUCAAUAAUGCCGUAUCUGAAACGACCUUUGACUCAUGGUUUUCCAUGCGUGCUUGCACAAAAUUUGUUGGGACAAGCAAUUACAACUGUAACUAAUUUAUGCCGAAUUUCUUCGGGGAGUAAUAGAAUAAAUCAUUUAAUGGAUAUUUGGAAUGUUAUUGUUGAUGAUAUUUUGAUAGUGUAUUGUACAAAUGAUGUUAUUUUGAGAUCUGUUGCGGAAUAUAUGGAAUAUGUGCGGAUAAGUAAGGAAAGUGCCUUUUUAUUCGAUACAAGGGCUCUUGAGAAAAUAUAUCCCCACUUAAAGUGCAAUAUUGGCUCCUUUGUAUAUCAUUGUCGGUUGUAUUCGUUAAAAAUCCUCAUGCUUUUCGAUCAAUUUCCACUUAGAAGUGAAGAAACUUCUAAAAAUGAACAAGAGCCCUGCGAAAUAUUCGCAAUGGCUUAUAAAGUUGAGGAAAUUGAAUCAUCUAUUGUGACAUAUCGUAACAAAACUAUGAUACUCCGAAAAAUAAAUGCAUUGAUAUCUACUAAGCGAAUACCAGAAUUUUAUUCAGAAGUCACACCAUUGUUCUGCUUUGGUUUACUGUCCAUCAACUUUAGUGCUAUCUGGACAGAAGCAAUCAAUGUGCUCGUGAAUGUUGCACAGAAUGAUCCUCGUACUUUCUGGAGGUUGCUGCAUGCUGAAAUGUCGCGUCUUAACGAAUUUAAAUUCGCCUAUUCUGGGUUUUCGACGAAGGCCCUUGAAUUAUAUUUUAAUCAAAAUACGGAUUUAUUAACUACAUCGACCAAAUUUGGCGGGGUAUCUUUUGAUUGUCCUAAUUUAUCUAAAUUCAACAAGGCAGUGAACGAUGCGUAUAAAUUCAUAAUUAGCAACCUUGUCAACAGCUAUAUUACUCAUUUUAUUUCGAUUUGUGUUCCGGAAAAUGUAAAUUUCGACCAUUGGAAUUACUAUAACCUCUUGAUUAGGACGUUGACUGAAGUCCCUCACAUUGCUGAGCAAAAUUCUCGGCAGUUGGUUCCUUUUUUUUUAAAAUAUGCAGAAACUAAGUAUAACGUAGCUGCUGAAGACUCUGUUGAUGACGUAAUGGUUGAUAAAGAAAGUCAAGAAAUUGGAGUGACAAUACUUUCUUCACAAGAUAGUAAAUCGUGUGAGAUAAUGGAAGCUGACAAUGAAAUGAAAGAUGAUUUAGCCAUGAUAGCUGAACAAUCUUCAAAGGAAAUCAGAUCUAAGAUGUUACUUUAUCUAAAGUUAUUUUCGAAAUUCAAGAAUCCACGUUCAGUCUACAAGUCUACAGAACUACAAAGUAUUUAUUUGCGUCUAUUAAUGAAAGGAGACAUCAAAAUACAAGGUCUUGCAUUAGAAUGUUUGUUUACAUGGAAGGUCAAGGGCGUCAUUCCUUAUGAAAGUAAUCUUCGUAACCUUGUUGAUGAAGCAAAGUUUAGAGAUGAAUUAUCAACAUUUUCACUUAACAUAGAAAAUGGCUCAAUAGAAUUUGAACAUAGGGCUGAAGUAAUGCCUAUUAUAAUACGUAUUUUAUAUGGUCGAGUAAUUGCAAGAAGGGGUAAAUCUUCAUCAAAGACUGGAAUGGGUGCUAGAAGAAUAGCUGUUCUGUCUGCAUUGGUCAACUGUAGUCAAUCCGAGCUAGAACUUCUUGUUAAUUUACUCUUAGAACCUUUUACAGUCAUUCGUCAACAGCCAGACAUUAUUGAUAAUGAAUUCAAGUUUGUACCGAAUAUAGUUGUUGAUAAAAUUGUUCCUUAUCGAAAACAGCUUGGAUACCUGAAUUUUUUAGACGAUUGCUUGAAGCAAUUGGGGACUUAUUUAUUUCCUUUUAUUUCGGAUAUGCUCAAAGUCGUUUUGUAUAUGGUUAACAGUGCACAAAGGAAUUUAAUGGUAGAAAAUGAAAUGCAAAAAGAUCCGCUAGAUAAUAAUAUAAUAAUUGAUGGUAUUGAAACAGUUAAUGAUAUAAAAGAUCGUAAACAACAAUUUAAAAUUAUUAGACAACUUGGCUUAAAAAGAAUUAAUGAAUUUUUCAAGAUUCGUUCAUCUUUUAAUUAUCAACCUUACAUUAAUGCAAUGUUCAGCUCAUUUAUUUCAUUAAGAAUCCCUAAACUGAACAUUGAAAAUACCCAAGCACCUUCUGCAUUGAUGGAAUUGUUCUUCACAUGGGCCUCAAACAAAGAUUAUUUACUAUAUUUAGUUGAUUACAAUAAAGAAGUAUUGCCAAAAAUAUUUGCAUGUUUAUCUGCGAAAAGAGUUCGAGCAUCAGUUGUUUCGAUGGUUUUGGAUAUUAUAGAACAUAUAUUGAAACUUUGUGACAAUGAAAUGGACAUUGAUGAUGACCUUACACAGACGGAAAAUAUGAAUUUAAUCAAUAGAGUGAUACGUCCCAACAUUUCUUCUUUAUUAGAUAACCUAGAAUAUGGGCUAUUACAAUAUAGUCAAAGUGGUACAUUUGGUAGAGAUACAUUUUCUAAGCGAGAAGUUUCAAUCCUUUCAAAGAUUGCGGAAUAUGUUAAUAAUGGAAAGCAAGCCGAAAAAUUAGUGGAUUUAUUACUUCCAUAUCUUCGAAAGUUACCUCGAUUUGUUGCCGAACAAACAAAAGCUCAUAUUUUGAGAAUAAUUACAAAAUUUUUACAUGUCAUUCCAGGAUUUGAACCAUCCAAUGAAUUAUUUGCAAAAUAUUAUGAUCAUAUUUCUAAGGAGUUUUCUAUGCUUCGCUCGCGAGAAUGCCGCGAUCUUUUGAUUGAAGUCCUCGAAGAAUUUUCCAAAUUAGAAAAUACUUUACAGGAAAUAGUGGAACUUGUUAAAGAUAUUAAUUCAUUCUCGACUGUCAGAUUAAAUGAACCGGACUUUGAACGACGAUUAGAUGCUUUUAAUCGUAUUAACCAAAAAUCCUAUAAAAUAUUUUCACCGAUGCAAUGGUUGCCAUUGUUGUAUAAUUGCAUUUUCUUUAUUCAAGAUCCAGAAGAACUUUCAAUUCGGAAUAAUUCAUCAUAUUGCGUUAUUCGCUUUAUUGAUAGUUUUGUUGAACAUCAUAAUAAUGUCGAGUUAAAUGAUGUUUCCGCUUCUUCAGACGUUCGUAGCAAAUUUCAGAAUAUCUUGACUAAAAUUAUCUAUCCUGCAAUCAAAAAAGGCGUUAAACUACCGAUAGAAGUAGUUCGUAUGGAAUUUCUUACAAUACUAUGUUACAUGAUUAAGAAAUGUUCAAUGUUGCCUCAAUUUGCUGAUAUGUCCUGUUUGUUAUUCGAUGAUGAAGAGGCAAACUUUUUCAAUAAUAUUUAUCAUAUCCAAAUACAUCGUCGCAUACGUGCGCUCAAAAGGUUUUCUAAUGAAUGCGCCAUGGGAAAGUUGAAAAGUUCCAAUCUAGUGCAAAUAUUUUUACCACUUUUAGGACAUUUCAUUUUUGAAUCAGAUCGGAUUAACGAUCAUAUGUUAAUUAAUGAAACUAUUUCAUCGAUUGGUGUUAUUACUAGUCAACUUAAAUGGGGUCAAUAUUAUGCUCAUCUAAAACAGUACAUGAAACUAAUUUCUCGGAAGUCAAUAAUAGAAAAAAUACUAAUUAGGACCAUUAUAACUAUUUUUGAUAAUUUUCAUUUCGAUGUUUCUGAGAGUGUAGGUGAAGAUUCGCAAUCUCAAUCAUCAUAUAAAUCGAUUGAACCUGAAAGUGACAGUAAAAGCGAAAAAUGCGAUGUGUCUCAACCAAAAGAGGAUGAUAUUAUAACUGAAGAUAUUGAAGAGGAAGAUGAUGAAUCAAACAGACAAGAGGAGUCAUCGAAUAUUAAUAUACCAAGUGAUGAAACAGCAGGGAAAGUUUUGUCUCAACGUAUUCAUGAUACUAUAAUACGCCAAAUACUGCCUGAAUUGAAAUCAUAUUUGUCCAAAUGUAAUGAUGAUAAUAUUACGGUACGAAUACCUGUAGCACUGGCGAUCACGAAAUUAUUAAAAGCUUUGCCUGAGGCGUCACUUCGUCUCCAUUUACCAGGGUUACUCACUACAUUAUGUCAAAUAUUAAGAAGUCGUAGUCAAGAUACUCGCGAUGUUACAAGAGACACCAUUGUUAAAAUUUCAAAUCUCAUUGGGCCUAUGUAUUUUUCAUUUAUCGUAAAAGAAUUGCAAGGCGCACUUACACGAGGUUAUCAAAUGCAUGUCCUUGGAUUUACAUUACAUUCUCUCUUGUUAAAUUUAGCUCCAAACUUAACAAUUGGAGACAUUGAUUAUUGUCUUCAACUAAUUGUGGAUAUCAUUAUCAAUGAUAUGUUUGGCUAUGUUGCGGAAGAGAAAGAUGCAGAGGAAAUAACGGGUAAAUUAAAGGAAAUGAAGGCUAACAAAGGUUUUGGAACGUUUGAGAUCCUUGCAAAAAUUAUUCAUAUCAAGAAUAUCGGUAUUCUAUUGAUGCCACUUAAAGAUGUUAUGCGAGAAACGCAAAGUUCAAAGAUCUUGCGGAAAGUUGAAGAAACAUUGCAAAGAGUAGCAAUUGGGUUGAAUAAUAAUCCUGAAUUCGAGAUAAAAGAAAUUAUAACAUUAUGUAAAGGACUUGUAUCACAGAAUCUUGAUAUAUUAAAAUCAGAACCGAAGGUCAAGAAUGUUAAAACAAAUUUAGAGGUGAACUUUGCAGUGCAAUUGAAACGUGAUAUCACAGAACCAGUAGAUCAUUUUGACACAAAUUCAUAUCUGUUUGUGCAAUUUGGGUUGACCAUAUUUUUAUCCGCUCUUAAACAUGAAAAGUUUGAUAUAAAAUCUGAGGAACAACUUUCUAUGUUAGAUCAAUUCGUGAAUAUAGUAGGAAAUGCCAUGUAUUCCAAGCAUUUGAGCAUCAACAUUCUUGCUAUCAAGAUAAUGCACAUAUUGUGUAAUCUGAAACUUAAGUCCUUGAAUGAUGCUCUACCUGUCAUUGUGAAGCAAACAUUUGUUUUGAUAAGAACAUCGGACUCUACGAAUUCUGAACUUGUACAAACUUGCUUCAAAUUGCUUACAAUUAUAAUGCGCGUUAGUAAUCAGGUUGAAAUUAAAGAGAAUCAAUUGACCUUCUUAAUUAAUUUGAUUAGACCUGACCUUGAAGAGCCCCAACGACAAAAUACGACAUUCUCAUUAAUUAAAGCCAUAAUUUCACGUAAAUUAGUGGUUCCAGAGAUUUAUGAUUUAAUGCAAACAAUUUCCGAAAUAAUGAUUACAAAUCAAGCUUCACAAACAUGUGACCUUUCGAGACAAGUUUUAUUCCAAUUCUUAUUGGAUUAUCCGCAAGGACGUGGGCGCCUCAAGAAUCAAAUAAACUUUUUAAUUAAAAAUCUCGAUUAUAUCUUUGAGAGUGGUAGGAAAUCAGCAAUGGAGAUGCUAAGUUUAAUAAUUACUAAAUUUGGAGAUGAAAUCUUGAUGGAAUAUGCAGAAAUGUUUUUCAUAGCUUUAUCUAUGUCAUUAGUUAAUGACGAAUCUAACAAAUGCCGAGAAAUAGCAGGUGUCUUGAUUAAGGUAUUAAUUAAAAGAAUGGAUGAACAAAGAUUAAAAAAUACCUAUAUCUUGUUGGGUAAAUGGGUUUCUCAACCCGAAAAAAAGUGUUUGCAACGAAUGGCAGUACAAAUUUAUGGACUUGUAAUUGAGGCUUUUGAAGACAGAUUUAAGAAACACAUUCCAGAAUUAUUAAAUAUUUUGGAUCUAGCUCUUCAAUCAAGUUCACAAGUCAUGGAACAGCUUGUGGAUUCAUCAAAUGAUGCGAGCGAUAAUCAAGAAGACAUGAUGGUGGAUGUUGAUUGGGAGAUCGGAUAUUAUGCAUUAAAUACGUUCACUAAACUUAUUAAAGCUUUCCCAUCUGUUAUUUAUCUUGAAGAAUGCAAUAAUAUAUGGAUACUGAUUGAAAGGCAUAUUCUCCAUUCGCAUUCUUGGAUAAGACUAGCAUCAAGCAGACUUUUUGGAUCAUACUUUGCUAAUAUUGAUCCCGAGACUAUGAUUGCUACAGGGUCAGAUAAAAGAAAUGAUUGUUUGACAAAAGAUCGGCUGAGAAAAUUGGCCACAUCAUUUUGUACACAAUUGAAAAGUGAACAUUUGGGACAAGAACUUGCAAUACAAAUUGUGAAAAACUUGUUUUUCAUUGGAAAAUGUUUUUAUUAUUUAUCUCCCGAUGAGGAUAAAGUAGACAAUUCAUUUACCAAAGAAAAGGAUGGAAAUCAUAAUGAAGAAUCUAUAUCUGAAGAUUUAGAUAAUGAAAACCAUGACAAUAUAGAAGCAGAUGAUGUGGAUGAUGCGGGUGAUGCGAGUGAUACAGAUGAUGAAAAACAAAACAUGCAGCAGAUUAUUAGUAACCAAACAAGUGAUAGCAGUACGGUAAAGACAUCACUGAUUUGGUUAUUCAAAAAAUUAUCAUAUCAGGCAAGGUUUUCUUCUUCCAAUAACGAAGAUAUUGACCAUCAGAGAAAAAGUAUAUAUCAAUGGUUUGCUGCAAUGGUCACAUACAUGUCACCGAACGACUUGGUGCUUCCUUAUCUCUUACACAUAAUCUCACCUAUAUAUCGCUUAAUAAACAACGAGACAACCAAAGGUCAAGAUAUAGAUAAUCUUAAACUGCUGGGAAAAGAAGUGCUCGAUUUGGUACAUAAACGUAUUGGUACCACACAAUACCAUAAUGCGUAUAAUAAAGUAAGACAGCAAAUAGAGGAAGUGAGAAGGGAAAGGAAACAUCAAAGAGUCAUUAAGAUGGGAGAAUUUAAUAAUAAUUAUAAUAAAUAUUUUCUAGGCUAUCGUUGA